CAGGGUACAGUGCAAUAGACUUCACCUUCACCCCGUGCCAAAAGCAAAGCUGAUGGUUACCUCCUCGCUAACACCCUCCCCUCUAUUUGCUCCCAUUUGCACACCCAGAGCUCUGCACCAUUCUUGCCUUCCUUGAUGGGGUGGCUCCACUCCCUCUUCUCCCCCAUCAGGAGGCUCUGGGUUCGCGCGCAUUCCAGGCGUCGAAACCGGAGGGGAAUGCACAUCCUCUACAAGGAUGUUCAGUCCUGCCAGGACGAGGAUGUGCAGGUCCUGUGGUCUAUCUUCAUCGACUCACACCGCCACCCAGCUCUCAUGAAGCUCAAGCUCUGAAUCCUAUGAAGCAAUGGCAUUCUACAGUGGUUAUGUGUGUGUUUUUUCUCCGUUGUGAUGGUUGGCAAUCCUGUAUCACCGGCACCUGUUCGGAACAAAGGAAUUCUACAGAAUCCUGCAGGAAUUUCUCCAGUUGGGUUUCAGCAGGACUCAAGAAAAAUAUCCGGCGUUUCCAAACGGGACCCGUGUGAUGUCGUCGAGUUGGAUAUGAGUGUGAGGUUGAGCUCAUUGUACAUACAUACAUGCAUAAUACGUGGCUCAAGUGCCUUACCUCUGAUUGUGGUGUGAGAUCGGUUGGUAGAGUGUACCCGUCCCUGCUUUUGGUUGUUUAAUCGCAUGUCAAUUUCUUGUUGCCCU